AAACCGACCCAGCGCUCUACCUAUGCACGCUGGCCAUAAAUUGCAUUUUACGUCUCAGUGAGACAGGGCAGAAAAGUGUGCGAAAGCUGGAGAGAGAGGGGGGUAUUUUGAGAGAGAGAGAGGGAGCGAAAGAGGAGGAGGGAGGGAGAGAGAGCGCAUCCGGGAAAGAGGCAAAUGGCAAAGACAGACCAAUUAGACCGGCAAAAAGGGCCGCUGCUGUGGAGCGCGCUGCUAGUCUGAAUGACUGUAACGAGUUCUUGUUAAGUAGACACCAAUCCGGUUUUCUUUCUUUUUUACUACACGUAUUAUCGCAGCUUUGUCGUCGACAAGAAUUGGAAGUACAUUUUUAUUCAUCCCUCUCUCAAAAUGUAACGUCGACUGCUUUAAAAUCGGCCCUGCGUUCCAUAACAGCGUGCCUCCCGGCGGAUUAUAUCGGCAUUUACAGCCCUUCCGCGGAGCCGACAGGAUCAGCACCCUGGACAGCGACUGGUCGCAAAGAGGCUGUGGAUCAUGGCAGAGUGGCAAAGACAAUGCAUCUGAGGCCCCGUGGCAAAGCCUCCCCACGGGGAGCAUUUGCCGGGCAUGGGGGCUUCUUCGGCCACUGACCCCGUGUCCCAGUGAUUAAUGGCUCCAAACUCCUCGCCUCUGCACUCCUCCUGCACCACAACACCUCCCUCUACCCCACCUUGCUUUUCUUCUUUAUUUAUCUCUUUCACUUUGUUUCCCCCUCACAUGACCCAGAAACUUGCAGUCGGACCGUUCACCUCGGCGAGCAAUUCCUCAGACAGCCGACACUAACUGGCACAGACAGGCACCCAGAUCUGAAGAUAAAGUAGCCUCAUCUUCUCCAUAUCACCGCGUGGUCUAUAGCUGGAUCAUGACGGCUUAGCCACAGGAGCCAGGUAAAGGCAGCCGUCCUGGAGAGAUCAAUGGAACUGCGUUGACUAAUGUGUAGAGGGACUCCUUCGGUCACCCAGUCUAGAGAACAACUCUGUCAUUGAGCAGCUACUCUCUUUCUCUCUCUCUCUCUGUCUGUCUAUCUUAUGCCAUUUCUCUCUCAAACUCUGAUAGAUGUAUGCUUCUGCCGCAUCAUUUAGAGGCAAACAUUAUUAAGAAAGAACAUAUUUCAAACUGAGACACGUGUUGCCAUGACUCAAGUUUGAUGGCUGGCCGGAAAUUUGAUUGAUCAAGAAAGGACAGAAAAAAAAGAGCGCAGACUAAAACGCUACCGCUGACCUUUGUGCCAGGGUUGUUGUUGUCGUCACGUGGUUGGUGGCCCUCGUCAUGGUGUUGCCACCUCCAGACAAGCGCCACGUGUGUCUCACCACCAUAGUCAUCAUGACCAGCAUGGCCUUCAUGGACGCCUACCUGGUGGAGCAGAACCAGGGGCCACGCAAGAUUGGCGUGUGCAUCAUUGUGCUGGUGGGCGACUUCUGCUUCCUGAUUGUGCUCCGCUACGUGGCGGUGUGGGUGGGUGCUGAAGUGCGAACGGCCCGCCGUGGCUACGCCAUGAUCCUCUGGUUCCUCUAUAUCUUCGUCCUGGAGAUCAAGCUCUACUUCGUGUUCCAGAACUGCAAGGCUGACCGCAAGAGCCUGGAGGUGGUGGCCCGCAAGGCGCUCACGCUGCUGCUCUCGAUAUGCGUCCCAGGGCUCUACCUGAUCUUGGUCGCGCUGGACAGCAUGGAGUACGUCCGCACCUUCCGCAAGAAGGAGGACAUGCGGGGACGGCUCUUCUGGGUCGCUCUGGACCUUCUGGAUCUGUUGGACAUCCAGGCCAACCUAUGGGAGCCGCAGCGGACAGGCCUGCCCAUCUGGGCAGAGGGCCUGAUGUUCUUCUACUGCUACAUCCUGCUGCUCAUACUUCCCUGCGUGUCCCUGAGCGAGAUCACUGUCCAGGGCGAGCAGGUGUCGCCCCAGAAGAUGAUGCUCUACCCGGUGCUGAGCCUGGUCACCAUCAACGUGGUGACCAUCCUGAUCCGCGGUGUAAAUAUGGUGCUCUUCCAGGACAGCCGCGUCUCCACCAUCUUUGUGGGCAAGAACGUAGUGGCCAUCGCCACCAAGGCCUGCACCUUCCUGGAGUACCGGCGGCAGGUGAAGGAGCUUCCACCACCGGGUGCCGCCGGCAUAGCUCUGGAGCUUCAACAGAACUCAGUGCCACACGGCCAGGCACUGCCCAACGCCACCAGUCUGCCACACGAACCCACACCCGCCCAGGAGAUCAUCGACACAUGACCGGGGCAGAGCCGACUGAUUGACACUCAUGGCUGCCAGUCGGCAUUCUUCCUGCUGACUGUGGGAACCACUGAUUGGACAGGUCCCGGUUUGAAUCACUACUGACUGGACAGGUCCUGGUUUGGGGGGAUGGGUUGAUCACUGCUGACUAAGGACACCCCAGUCAUAAGCCUGGUAUGCGUUACACAGUUGGCCUUUCUACACUGUCUAUCAAAGCUAGAAAACAAAACAGACUCUAGUAUCUCCGGUCAAAUCCUACUAAAAAAGACUUGACGACCAGACUGAUAUGAUGAAGCUCUGCUAUAUGUCACUGAUGUGAGAUGUGUUUUUAAUUGUGUGAACAUUUUUUCUAAAAAAAUGAAAUGAAAACUAGUGAAAGAAAGCUUGUUCGACAGACCCUUUUUUCUGAUCCAGAAUGAUAGCUUAAAAUCUUUUUUAAUUUGAUGGUCCUGUGAGAGUUACAAAUGACACGUUUACCUGUAAGAUCUCUCUGUUUUCUUUUGUAAUGCAACUGACAGGGCAUACAGAACUCACUUCUCAAUUGUAGACAGGAAUUUGAAAAGAGAAAUGGGAAAGGGACUGCUCAACAAAUAGGAGAAAACUCAGAGUGAAAGGCUGAGAAGAUGAAAGAAAGGAACUAACAGAGGGAGAAUUAAGAAUCCCCUCUCUGGAAUUAAGAAUCUGGAACAGCUCUAGAAGGAAGGUCUGAGGAAGCAUUUUUGUCAGAGGUCCCCAUAUUUUAAGUCUUUGUGAUGGAAUGCUGAAAAAGGCUCAGGAGAUCAGCAACAUCCUCUGACAUGAUAUAUAUAUAUGUGUGUGUGUGUGUGUGUGUGUGUGUGUGUAUGUUUCUGAAGGGCUUUUGCAAAGUCGUGUUGUAAAGAGUUAUAAAGAGGAGAGGGAGGGAGUUAGGAGGAGAGGAUAAAACUGGUAGCCAUUAACAUUCUGGUUAGAACAUAGAUGGUAAAAAUAUCGCCGAAAACUAUACAUCAUAACACUGAAUAUUAUUAUUAUUAUUAUUACUACUGGUGUAUGUACAUUUUGAGUUGGAAGAGUGUUUUAAUAAAAUAUGGAAAAGAGUGAGACUUCAACGAUAAA